AUGGUCGAGAACCUCAGGAAGACCGGCCAGGCAAAUAUUAGCACCGGAGCCGUCCAAGCACGCAUCUUCAAUCUCGACAAAUACUGGGAGAAAUUCGAGAGUCAACACGAAGUUCUUCUCAACAAAUUCAAGGAUGAGUUAAAGAAGCACGAUUACGCCACAUUCUCAUCACUGGUGGAAGAGGAGUACAUGUCUCAGCGCGGCAUGCCCAUGGACCUUGCCACAAAGCUAACAGGAGAAACAAGGAAUUCUUCUGCAAGCACCCAACUACAGCAGAGCAACGGCCGAGCUUCACUACCUCGCAUCCAGCUGCCCAUGUUCUCGGGCAAUUACGAAGAUUGGCCAUCCUUCAGAGAUCUGUUCAAAUCAUUGAUCGACCAGGAUGCAUCAAUCAGCGAGGUCGAAAAACUCCACUACCUCAAGGCGAGCCUGAAAGGGGAGGCCAGCCUACUCAUCAAAACUCUCAGCAUCACCGCAGAAAACUACAAACAAGCCUGGAACACUUUGAGCGGCUUGUACGAAAACAAAAGGGCAUUGAUCAGAUCGUGCCUCACCAAAUUUACAUCAAUCCCAAAGGCAAAGGCGGAGUCAGCAAACGAACUUCAAAGAAUCUUCCACGGCAUGAUCUCAACCUGCAGUUCACUUGACGCCAUUGGAAGACCCAUCGGGCAGCACGAGGACUUGUAUGUCUUCCUGGUGGUCGAACUAUUCGACAACAAAACACGUCGAGAUUGGGAGGCCUCUAUCACCGAGACAACGGAGCCUCCUACCUACACACACCUCAGGAACCUCCUCGAACGCCGAAUCCAGACGCUCGAAGCAAUCCAGCAACCAAAGGGAGAACAGAAAUCUCCCGAGCCAUCACCACGGUGGAAAAACACACAUCACGCCCAGAACAACAAUGGGAAGAAGAAGGCAAGCGAGCCCGAACAAGAACAGAGACGCAGUGCACCCACAGAAACCUGCAUCAUCUGUAACCAGGCACACUACAUUAUGUUCUGCCCAACCUAUAAGGACAAACCAGCCAGGGAACGGUUGAGCAUAAUUUUGCAACACAACCGCUGCACCAACUGCGUGGGCAAACACAAGCACCACGAAUGUCCAUCCAAGAAGACGUGCCGAACUUGCUCGGAGGGACAUCACACCACGCUGCACGAUGCCUUGGCAGCUCCAAAGCCAGCAACCUCAGCCAAUUGUCUCAUCGCCAAGCAGCGCCCAUCAACAAGAGUGUCCGUUCUGCUAGCUACAGCCCGCAUCCGGGUAGCAGAUCGUUUCGGCAACUUGCACCAUGCACGUGCACUCAUCGAUCAAGGUUCCGACACGAGCAUGAUCACCGAGAGGCUAGCACAACGCCUCCACAUCACUCGGACUAAUUCAUCAAUCGCCAUAUGCGAAGUAGGUGGAGUCCAAACCGCAACAGCAAAGGGGAAAGUCAAGCUGAAGGUUACAGCUCGUCACAAGAACACCACCAUUGUAACGACAGCACUGAUUCUCCCCAGACUGACCCUCUACGGCAACAACGUGGAAGCAUCUAGGCGGGAGUGGAGUCACAUCAAGGGGCUCGAUCUAGCAGACCCAGACUUCGAAGCCUCCGAUCCCAUCGACGUCCUCCUCGGGGCUGACAUCUAUGCUCAAAUCAUGGACACCGGUCUCCAGAAGGGGGGCAGAAAUCAACCCAUCGCCCAGAAAAUCAUCUUCGGAUGGAUUCUAUCAGGCACCACCAGUGCGUCAAACGCAUCCACCAAUACCACAGUGAGUCACCACUGUUCAACGAGGGACUCGCUAUCAUCCAUGGUUCGACGGUUCUGGGAACAGGAGGAACUGCCCAAUGCUCCUCCUUCCUUGACUCCCGACGAGAGAAUUUGUGAAGAGACAUACGCCAACGGACAUUCCCAAACACCCGAAGGUCGCUACAUCGUGCGACUGCCAACUUCAUCAAGAAUAAUGGACUUGUCGGACACCCGGAGAGCUGCCGAAAGAAGUCUCAAUUACACCUUCAAGCGCUUUAAACACAAUAAGGGGCUUGAGCAACAUUACCACGAGUUCAUGUCCACCUACGAAGCCAUGAAACACAUGGAGGUGGCAGAACAACCCAAGCCGACGAGCAACGUCUGCUACCUUCCUCAUCACGGAGUGUGGCGAGAGUCCAGCACCACUACACCACUUCGAGUAGUGUUCAACGGAUCCUGCCUAACUCACCAAGGAAUCUCCCUCAACCAUUUCCUGCUGAAAGGGGAGAAUCUGCUGCCAGCUCUAUCUGACGUCUUGCUCAGAUGGAGAACCCAUCGCUUUGUCAUCGCUGCUGACAUCGAGAAAAUGUACAGACAGAUUCUCGUACACCCAGAUGACAGAGACCUCCAAAGAAUAUUGUGGAAAACCGAGGAAGAUCAAGACUCACGCGAAUAUCGACUCAACACCGUGACGUACGGUCUCGCUUGCGCUCCAUUUCUAGCCAUCAGGACCAUCCGACAACUGGCUCACGACGAGCAGGCGAAUUUCCCACUUGGGGCAUCUAUUCUUCAACGAGACAUCUACGUCGACGACAUCCUUACUGGGGCAGAUAAUCAAACGCAACUGCUCAGUCUUCGAAAGCAACUUCGGGAGAUAUGCAUGGCGGGCGGAUUUCCACUCAAGAAAUGGAUGUCAAACGACUCCACUCUGCUCACACACAUUCCAGAGUCAGAUCGUUUGGUAAAGGGCAACAUGUCUUGGGUUCCUACGGAGGAAACUCACUCCACUCUAGGGCUUCAAUGGAGCCAGCAAUCAGACACCUUCCUGUUCACCGUCCAACCAACCACCGCCAAAGCUAUUACGAAGCGAUCAAUUUUAUCUCAGGCAGCUCAACUCUUCGAUCCAUUAGGAUGGCUCACACCCAUAACAACUCGAGCAAAAAUCACCAUUCAGUCGACAAGGUUGAUCAACGCCAAGUGGGAUGAUCCUCUUCCUCAACACAUUUCACAAGACUGGAGGGAGUUUCACAACCAAUGGACAACACUCUCCAACAUUCGCAUUCCCCGCUGGCUAAUUCGGACCAACAGAAUAGAACUCCAUGGGUUCUCAGACGCCUCCGAACAAGCCUACGCAGCCGUCCUCUACUUACAAGCUCUCCAGGAAAACGGCCGGAGCAAAACAUCAUUGAUAGCCGCAAAGAGUAAGGUCGCACCACUAAAACAGGUGUCACUUCCUCGACUGGAACUUUGUGCGGCACAUCUCCUCACUAAGUUGGCUCACCACACACUCAGGCUGACCAACUGGAAUAACAUCACUACAUACUUGUGGACAGACUCCACUGUCACGCUGGGCUGGAUCCAGGCACCUCCACGAAGAUGGAAGACAUACGUAGCAAACCGAGUCGCUGAGAUCCGAACACUGCUUCCAGAAGCCAAAUGGAACCACAUCUCGAGUCAGCACAACCCAGCGGAUUGCGCAUCACGAGGGCUCUCACCACGAGACCUACUCACACACCAACUUUGGUGGAAGGGACCAGAGUUUCUUUCCAAUGAUGAGAAACCUCCACGGAGUAAUCUCCAGACAGAUCUCACCAACCUUCCAGAAGGGAGGUCAACAGCCCAUGCAGCAACAGCCAGAGAACCACCAACUGAACCUGAGAUACUCAGUCUAUUCUCCAGCUACAGCAAACUGCUCAGGAUCACCGCUUGGUGUAGACGUUGGCUUCCUCAAAACCACAAUCACGAAAAUCUCCUGUCCCCAGCCGAGAUCAUCCAAGCCGAGAUCGCGUGGCUAAAAAUCAUCCAACAGCACCAUUGGAGGGAAGAACUCAGACACCUUACAACCGGCAGCAUCAAAAAGGGAAGUUCAUUAAUAUCCCUCACUCCCUACCUCGAUGACAAAGGCAUUUUACGAGUCGGAGGAAGACUCAAACAUUUAUUACUUUCCCUCGACGAAAAACACCCAAUAAUCCUGCCACAUGAUUCAAAAUUCUCAUCCUUGUUGAUAGAUCACCUGCACACGAAGACACUACAUAGCGGAGUUCAACUCGUCCUAGGAACUGUAACGUGGCAGUUCGGCUAG